CCCAAGCCAACAGCAACUGUAAUAUCAAAAUCCACGGAAGAUGUAGUCAAGGAGAAAAGGGAAGUUACAAACUUAAGGGCAGAUGAAAAGCCCAAGCCAACAGCAACUGUAAUAUCAAAAUCCACGGAAGAUGCAAGACCUGCACAAGUCUCAAGACCUGAGCAACCUGCACAAGUCACGAGACCCCAGCAGGCAGCCCAGACAGAAACAGUGUCCCCCAAACCGAGUGAGGCUGCAAAACAAAAUAAGGCACACAAUGUCAAGAGGAUGGCAAGUGCAGGCCUCCAGGUGGACCGUAUUUUAAGAACUAAAACUGCUCAUCUUAAGGAGCACUACAAUUUGGGGCAGAAACUUGGAAACGGCCAGUUUGGAACUACUUUUCUUUGUGUGGAGAGAGCUACCGGGAAACAGUAUGCUUGCAAAUCCAUUGCAAAAAGGAAAUUGCUGACUCUGGAUGAUGUUGAUGAUGUCAGGAGAGAGAUUGAGAUCAUGCAUCACUUAUCUGGGAACCCGAAUAUUAUUUCCAUCAAAGGUGCUUAUGAGGACAAUGUAGCUGUUCAUGUUGUCAUGGAAUUAUGCACAGGCGGUGAGCUUUUUGAUAGAAUUGUCAAGCGGGGCCAUUACAGUGAGAGAAAGGCUGCUGAUCUUACUAGGACCAUAGUUGGUGUGAUCCAGACUUGUCAUUCUUUAGGAGUCAUGCAUCGUGAUCUUAAGCCAGAGAAUUUCCUCUUUGUCAACAAUGAAGAGGACUCACCAAUUAUGACAAUAGAUUUUGGAUUGUCUACGUUCUUCAAACCAGGGGUGACGUUCACUGAUGUUGUUGGAAGCCCAUAUUAUGUUGCCCCUGAAGUUCUUUGUAAGAGAUAUGGUCCAGAGGCUGAUAUAUGGAGUGCAGGAGUGAUAAUUUACAUUCUUCUUAGUGGUGUGCCUCCAUUUUGGGGCGAAAGUGAACAAGAAAUCUUUAAGGAGGUUUUGCAUGGUGAUCUUGACUUCUCAUCAGAUCCUUGGCCUAAAAUCUCUGAGAGUGCAAAAGAUUUAGUUAGGAAGAUGCUUGUCAGAGAUCCCAAAAAGAGGCUAACUGCCCAUGAAGUUCUUUGUCACCCUUGGGUGCGAGUUGAUGGGGUUGCUCCAGAUAAGCCUCUUGACUCUGCAGUCUUGAGCCGCUUGACACAGUUUUCAGCAAUGAAUAAGUUCAAGAAAAUGGCUCUCAGGGUUAUCGCUGAGAGUCUCUCUGAAGAAGAAAUUGCAGGUUUAAAAGAAAUGUUUAAGAUGAUAGACACGGACAACAGUGGGCAAAUUACUUUUGAAGAACUGAAGGCGGGACUAAAAAGAUUUGGAGCUGAUCUUAAUGAGUCAGAGAUCUAUGAUUUAAUGCGGGCUGCUGACGUUGACAACAAUGGUACCAUUGACUAUGGGGAGUUCAUUGCUGCAACAUUGCAUCUCAACAAAAUUGAGAAAGAAGAUCAUCUGUGUGCUGCUUUUCAAUAUUUUGAUAAGGAUGGCAGCGGUUACAUUACAAUGGAUGAGCUUCAGAAGGCAUGCGAGGAGUUUGGCAUAAAUGAAGGGCACCUCGAAGAAAUGAUCAAAGAAGCCGAUCAGAAUAAUGAUGGCCAGAUCGAUUACAAUGAGUUCGUGGCCAUGAUGCACAAAGGGGGGAUUACUGAUCUUGGUAAGCAGCAUCUGGGAAGUAGUUUAAACCUUGGAUUUAGGGAGACAAUGCAGGCCUGCUAACAAUGCGAUGGCCUGCAAUAAUCCAAUGCAUCUCUACCGAUUUUGUAAAUGAUUGAAUAAGUUGAGUAGGUUUGAGCAUUGGCUAAUUAGAAUAUUUGUUUAGCUCUUUUUAGUUUUAGAAACUGCAAAUUGUUCAAUGGAUAGUAGUAAAAGUUUUCCAGU